CUGACUUCUGCCAUCCGCCCAAGACCAUUACUAUCCCGAGGAUCUCUCAAAAAAUGGAAUAUUCGAUGACUCAGGAGGAACGUUUUUUGACUGCAACCAAAGCUACAAUCCGUAUUGUUGCAAGGGGAAGCAAGGCGCUCCGGUCAAAAGUCUCACUAGAGAUUGUCAGGGCGCAGUCGAUCAUGGACCAUUCUGAUCUUUCUUCGAAGGCCCCUUUUCACAUCUCCAAGGCACUCUUGGUUCCAACUUCCGCCCUCGUCCCUACUGUUCCCGCGUGACCAACCUGUGCUCUGUAAAUCUUGUAAAUCCCCGUGUAUCCAGCUUCAAUUUUCUUUCCCUGUGUCAAAAGAUCCUUACAAGGAUUUCACAGAUCAGGCAAUUGCAUUGUGCAUGUGAUUCCAAGCAUGAAGCGGGAUGGCCUUCAAAAAGGCCGGAUCCAUUUAUAGUUUAG